UCUUCUAACAUCAUCCAACAGCUCCCUCUGGCGGCCAUGUUUCUAGUCAUUCGUAACCAACGAGAGACGGACACGAGGACCCAGAGGAAUGCUGCUGCUGUGGGUAGUCAACAUGGCGGACCAAAACAAGACAGACACCGAGGGGAAGUUAUUCAGUGAAAUUUUAAGUCCAUCUGAGCUGUUUGCAGCCCGGUCCAGGAGUCACAAGAUCCCAGUCAGAGGACAGAAGGACUUCUUCCCCAAUGAUUCAGAUGAGCAAAGGCAGCGGCUUGAGCAGAGUCUGAAUGAACACUGGAGCCUCAUAUCAGAGGAGCGAGUGGAGAGGCUAGGAAACCUCGUGAAGGCCAUAUGGAUUCCAAGUGACCAGAUUGUGGAGCUUCAGUCUCCUGCUGGAAAGUUCUGGCAGACGAUGGGCUUUUCUGAAAAUGGCAAACAGUAUCUCCUUCCUGAAGAGGCCCUCUACCUGAUGGAGUGUGGGAACGUGCAGGUGUUUUAUAGGGACCUGCCGCUUUCCAUUCAGGAUGGAUAUGAGAGAUUUCUGUCCUCAGCCACAGUGAGCCUCCAGCAAUAUCAGGUGUUUGGGCAUUUGAAGAGACUUGGCUAUGUGGUGCACAGAUUUGAUCCCAGUUCUGAGCCUUCGUCCUAUGCGAGGCAGCUGAACCUGCCUCAGUCACGAGACAGAGCAGGGAGACAACUGAAGAGGAAACGCAGCCCCAGCCCCACAGCAACGUGCAGUUAUACUGAAGCUCCAGUGGAACCCACCGUUGAGAAAAUGGAAGAGGAUAAAUGCAGCCUUGAAGGUGAUCAUGUUAAAAAACUGGCAGCCUCUCCAGACAUCCAGACUGCCACCACAAGUGGAUCAGAUGAAGGCAGGAGCUGGUGGACGACGGAUGACCUUGGGGCCUCAGACAAAGAAUUACAUCACAGCCCCACCUCUAGGUCCUCACGCUGGGACUUCAGCUCCAUCCCAUUCCCUGACGUGGGCUCCAGUGAGCGCCACCCCAGCUGCCUGGCCCCUCCAGAACCCUCCCUGCUGCCAGGGGAUUUGACUGUGGGAGUCUGUGACAUUGCCUCCUGGAGGAGGAAAAUAAACCUGCGGAUGGUGAAAAUGUCCUCAAAGGAGCAGAAGAGGGAAGAGGACAAGCGCAGGCGGCGGUGGGAUGUCAACAAAGACAGAGAGGUUCGACGGUGCAGAAACUGGGCGGAGUAUCAUGAGCUCCUGGCGAGGCGGCAGAGGAAGCGUAAAGGCCGACCAGCACACUUGUGGAACAGGGAAGUUACUCCAUUACAUGACCCAAGACAACCAAUCCCCACUGGUGAGCUGUUGGACAAAAUCAGUGUGAUUAAAUCUACACAUCUGCUCGAGGGAGCAUCCAGGUUAAAAGGUUCAGAGGAGUGGAGGAUUUGUUUCAAUGUUUACCAGCCCGAUACGGUGGCUGACUUCAAGAAGAGCAACCCGGGGAAACCAUACUCCCGCAUGUGUGUGUGCAGCUUCGAUGGUCCUGUACCUGACCUGAGAGUUAUCAAGCUGCUGGCCUUCCAGAGCGGAGACAUCCCAGUGGUCUUCGCUGUGGUGGACCACGGAGACAUAUCCUUCUACACCUUCAAAGACUUCCAGCUGCCCACUGAUGUGUUCCCCUGAGACUCCAUUUGUCCAGGAAUUUUCUAUGAAUGUGCAUCUGAUGGGCUGGCUGCAUAUGUACAAAUGCUUUUCUAUGUGCCUGACCAUUGAUUCACAAUGAAAGGGAAGGUUUAGUGCCCACGUUGUUUUUGGAAAAAGUGGAUUUAUCAGUUUCCUUUUUGCAUAUUUCUUCUUUUCUCUGUGGGACUAAUAGAUCAUCAUUAUUAUCAUCAGCAUCAUUAUUUUCUGCCAGGAAUGAUGAUUGAAGACUUUAUAUAUCCUUGUGGGAAAUAAAUUAUUGCUACAGAAGCCAAAAUUACAGUCAAAUAUGCAAGAAAAAAACACCAGAAACACCAGCUGUUGACAUACACACGUGGACAAAAUUGUUGGUACCCCUCAGUUAAAGAAGGAAAAACCCACAAUUCUCACUGAAAUCACUUGAAACUCACAAAAGUAACAAUAAAUAAAAAUUUAUUGAAAAUUAAAUAAUCAAAAACAGCCAUUACUUUUGAAUUGUUGAUUAACAUAAUUAUUUAAAAAAAACAAACUAAUGAAACAGGCCUGGACAAAAAUGAUGGUACCUCUAUAAAAGAUUGAAAACUAUUUGACCAGAGUGACAUGAUUAACUCAGGUGUGUCAUUUAAUUGACAUCACAGGUGUUUCCAAACUCAUAAUCAGUCAGUCUGCCUAUUUAAAGGGAGACAAGUAGUCACCCUGCUGUUUGGUGAAAAGGUGUGUACCACACUGAACAUGGACAACAGAAAGCGAAGGAGAGAAUUGUCCCAGGACAUCUGAAAAAAAAUUAUAGACAAACAUCUUAAAGGUAAAGGCUAUAAGACCAUCUCUAAACAGCUUGAAGUUCCCGUAACAACAGUGGCUCAUAUUAUUCAGAAGUUCAAGACCCACGGGACAGUAGCCAACCUCCCUGGACGUGGCCGCAAGAGGAAAAUUGAUGACAAAUUGAAGAGACGGAUCAUUCGAAUUGUAUCCAAAGAGCCCAGAGCAACCUCCAAAGAAAUUAAAGGUGAACUCCAAGGCCAAGGUACAUCAGUGUCAGAUCGCACCAUUCGUCGUUGUUUGAGCCAAAGUGGACUUCAUGGGAGACGACCAAGGAGGACACCACUGCUGAAAAAAACUCAUAAAAAAGCGAGACUGGAAUUUGCAAAAAUGCAUGUUGACAAGCCACAAAGCUUCUGGGAGAAUGUCCUUUGGACAGAUGAGACCAAACUGGAGCUUUUUGGUAAGGCACAUCAACUCUAUGUUCAUAGACUCAAAAACCAAGCAUACGAAGAAAAGAACACUGUCCCUACGGUGAAACAUGGAGGAGGCUCAGUAAUGUUUUGGGGCUGCUUUGCUGCAUCUGGCACAGGGUGUCUUGAAAGUGUGCAAGGUACGAUGAAAUCUGAAGACUAUCAAGGCAUUCUGGAGAGAAAUGUGCUGCCUAGUGUCAGAAAGCUUGGUCUCAGUCGCAGGUCAUGGGUCUUCCAACAGGACAACGAUCCAAAACACACAGCCAAAAACACCCAAGAAUGGCUGAGAGAAAAGCGUUGGACUAUUCUAAAGUGGCCUUCUAUGAGCCCAGAUCUGAAUCCCAUUGAACAUAUGUGGAAGGAGCUGAAACAUGCUAUUUGGAGAAGACACCCAUCAAACCUGAGACAACUGGAGCUGUUUGCUCAUGAGGAGUGGGCCAAAAUACCUGUUGACAGCUGCAGAACGCUCAUUGACAAAUACAGAAAUCGUUCAAUUGCAGUGAUUGCCUCAAAAGGUUGUGCAACAAAAUAUUAAGUUAUGGGUACCAUCAUUUUUGUCCAGCCCUAUUUCAUUAGUUUUUAAAAAAAAAUAAUUAUGUUAAUCAACAAUUCAAAAGUGAUUGCUGAUUUUGAUUAUUUAAUUUUCAAUAAAUUUUUAUUUAUUGUUACUUUUGUGAGUUUCAAGUGAUUUCAGUGAGAAUUGUGGGUUUUUCCUUCUUUAACUGAGGGGUACCAACAAUUUUGUCCACGUGUGUAGUUUUAUAAGGUUUUGUCUGCAAAAAUAUUUAAGAAAUUAAGCUUUGUGCAGAUUUAAUGAUACUGUGUGUUUUAUACUUUAUUUCUUCCAGCUGAGGUUUUAACAAUGUACUAGUAUCAAAAUAGCUGUUAAUUUCAGAACUCAAAUACUGAUAUCAUGUUAAUACUACACAUGAUAGUAUUGUAAGUCAUCCAGGACUAGUUUACGCUCCAGUUUAGGGACAAAAUACAGUACACUCAUUUCCAUCUCUUUACAUUUGUAUUUCGAGUUCAAUCUAUUUGCCAAAAAGAGAUCAAAAACACAAUAAACAACAUUAAAAAUGA